GUUGCCUGAUUUUCACCAGGUAGAUAUACCUGAUCUGUGGAUUGGCAUUUCAGAUAAGGACCAAGAUGGCACAUUUAGGUGGGUGGACAAAACUGCAGUGGAGUUUUCAAACUGGAGCCCAAAUUUCCCUCAGAACUCAGCAAACCUGUGGGACUGUGGUCAGAUUUACACCGGAAACUAUGCUGGAAAAUGGGAAACCACGAACUGCUUUAAAAACCUGGGAUAUAUUUGCAAGAUGCCUGGAGGACAGAAUGUGAAGCCCACAGCGGCUCCAGACUCACACUGUGAUGAAGGCUAUCUGCUCUUCGGUGAACACUGCUAUCACUUUGAGACUGAAACAGUCAAGAACUGGCAAGAUGCAGAAAAUUACUGUGUGGCUCAGAACGGACACCUGGUCAGCAUCCACAACCAAGAAACCGUCAGCUUUCUGACAGCACACAUGAGCAGAUCUUCAUGGGUGGGUCUCAAUGACAUCGACAGAGAAGGAACGUUUGUGUGGAGCGAUGGAACUCAAGCAGACUUCCAGCCCUGGGAGACGAACCAGCCGGAUAACUGGCAGAAUAAUGAAGACUGUGUUCACAUUCGAGGGACCGAGCACCAGGACACAGGAAAACUCAACGACCUGCCCUGCUCAUCCACUUACCCCUUUAUCUGCCAGAAAGCAAAAGGUCAAGGGCCACCGCCUCCCCCAACAUCUGGUCCAGGCUGGAAUGCGAAGUGCGGCUCCUGGGUUGCAGACCCGUUUAAUGAUUACUGCUACCUGUUUAUUACUCUGUCCAUGAGGAAGUGGGCCGACGCUCGUGCGGAUUGUGUGAAUCAGGGUGGAGAUCUCGUCAGCAUCACUGAGCCGUUUGAACAAGGUUUCAUCCAAGCUCAAAUCCAGUCGGUUCCCACGAGAGUUUCUCUGUGGAUGGGAGCGCAUGACUCCAUCACCGAGGGAGGCUGGAUGUGGACAGACGGCUCUCCGUUCCGCUAUAUAAACUGGGCUUCAGGAAACCCCGAUGAUUAUUAUAAUGAAGACUGCCUGUCCAUUUUAAUCAACUCUGGAGCGUGGAACGACGAUAACUGUGAGAACAAGAGAGGAUAUAUCUGCAAGCACCGCGGGAACACACCCGAGCCUCCUCCGCCGCAUGAUGGUUUCUACACAACAUACGCAUGUCAGGACUCCAGCUUGGUCCUUCACUGCCCCCAGAACAGCGUCAUCAACAUCCACGGUCCGGUAAGCAGCCCAAAAUGUCCAGUCGCAGCCCUGCUUGACCGUUCCACUCCAGCGGCAGAACACGAACAUACUGCGCUGAGAUCAGCGUCCCCAACAAACGCGUCUCUGGACUCGUCCUGUCCACAGAACCUGGAUACUCCUGUGACAGAACCACCAUCAGAACCUUCUAAACUGAACGGCUGCUCUUGCUAUUGGUUUGAAGAAGCUGCUAAAAGUCGUGAGGAAGCCAAAGCGUUCUGUGAGAGUCGGAGCAGCACUCUGCUGCAUAUCUUGGACCUGUACGAACAGGCUCACUUCACAGCUCUGAUGAGCCGGUACUCCGGCGACUGGUGGAUCGGACUGUGGGCGAGAGGAGGGGUGGCGGGUGUCGACUAUUACUGGGACAACGACGCUUUAAUAACCUACACCAACUGGGGCCGCAACGAGCCAAAUAACCUUGCUGGAUCCUGUGUCACGAUGUCGACCAGCCCGCUGGCAGGAUUCUGGAAUAACAAACAGUGUAAAGAAUCAUUCCCGUUUGUGUGUGAAGCUCCUUGUAACGGCAUCUCUCCACCGACUCGAGCUCCGACGCUGCCUCCGGUGACCGGGUGCACGAGCGACUGGGGCGGAGAGCCUCACUUCAGAAACUGCUACAGGCUGUUCACAGUGGACUUUGCCCAGAAGAAGAGCUGGCAGGCGGCUAGAGACGACUGUCUCGCCCGCGGCGCAGACCUGGUCAGCAUCCACAGUCCAGAGGAGGAAAUUUUCCUGUCCAGCUACUCGAAGGGAAAGACCAAGUGGAUUGGACUGAGCGUCAACCCGGUGGAGGGAGGUUACCACUGGAGCGAUGGGACGCCGGUCAGUCACACAAACUGGGGCCACGGUGAACCCAAUAAUCACAAUGGCCGAGAAAACUGUGUGGAGAUGGUGACCACUGAAAACGGGACGUCCUGGUGGAACGACCUGAACUGUGAUGCCCACCAGGACUGGAUCUGCAUGAUUGCUAAAGGAAAGAAACCCAUUAUACCGCCGGAGCCUCCGCCUGUACCAGCUCCUGAGUGCGGAUCGAACCCUGGCUGGAGGAAGAACAACGGCGUCUGUUAUUACUAUAAUGACACAGAUAUCGUGGACUUUCACAUGGCCCUUGUGAGGUGUUAUGAAGAGAAAGCUCAUCUGGUGUCCAUCGCUGAUGAAGCUGAGCAGUCUUUCGUGGUCAGCCUGGUGGGCCCCGGUCAGGCGGCUGCGGCCUGGAUAGGAAUGAGAAUGUUUGGGGUUGCGGGAGGAGAGUAUUUGUGGGUCGAUCUGUCUCCGGUUACGUAUGUGCACUGGGGUCCCGGAGAACCCAUUAGUUCGUGGAAUGAUGCAAACUGUGGACGCGCCAAUGCUGGUUACGUGUGUAAAAAAUAUCCAGGAAACGACCACACGCCGCCGCCUCCAACGGCAUCAUGGGAGGGAAACUGCCCCGAGGGAUGGAUGAAAUUCCGCAACAAAUGCUACAUAUUCAAAGGAAACCACUAUCAUCAGUCUGAGAUCAAGGCGAACUGGACUUAUGCACGGGAUUGGUGCAGACAGCAGAAAGGAGAUCUCGCCAUCAUCGAUGAUCAGAAUGAAAACGAUUUUGUGGCUAGUUAUCUCAGGGAUCUGGUUGUACCUGUUUGGAUCGGUUUAUCUGAUAGGCUGCAUGAAGGGAGGUUUGCAUGGAGUGAUGGAGUCAAUCCGGUCUUAUACACAAACUGGGCCGAUAAAGAGCCAAACAACGCUGAUGGGGAGGAACACUGCGCUUCGAUCUCCCAUAAUCACCUGGUCACGGGCCGCUGGAACGAUGAGAACUGUGACCACGAGCGAGGAUGGGUGUGCUCUAUGAAGAAAUCGAGCAGCAUUCCGGUCCCGCCGCCCACCAGCACCCCGUGUCCAUCCGGAUACAUCACCUGGUACAGCAGCUGCUAUAAGCUGGUGUCUGAGCCCAAAAGCUGGGAGGAGGCUCAGCAGGCCUGUGUGAAGGAGGGAGGGAACCUGGCCAGUGUGGACAUGAGCUAUGACCAGGCCUUCAUAUCUGGAGCCGUGCAGCAGGGCGAGACGGACGCCUGGAUCGGACUCCGCCGGCUGGCUGGCAGCGAUUCGUACAAAUGGUCCGACGGCUGGCCGGUGUUCUUCACGCACUGGGGCCCGGGGGAACCAACCGAUCACGAGGGAGAAGGGUGCGUCAGCAUGCAUGCUCCCUCGCUCUUCAUCCAGGGCACCUGGAACGACACGGCCUGCGCCGCCACCAAGCCCUACAUCUGCAAAAUCACUAAAGAAAAGCCUCCGUCGACGCCGGCUCCUGGAGACGGGAAGUGUUUGCCGGGCUGGUGGCCGUAUGGACGGUACUGCUACUUUACAUAUAACGGAAAAGUGGGUUACUCGUGGCCAGAGGCGAGACACAUCUGCCAAGAGGUAAACGGAGGCGAAUUAGCCUCGAUUCACAGUCGAGCCGAGGUGGAGUUCAUCAGGAACAUCAACUACACCAAGUACCACUACGUCUGGAUCGGCCUCACCAGAGGCGGCUCAUAUGAAUGGGCCUGGACGGAUCUGACAUCUCUGGGCUUCACAAACUGGGCUCCUGGAGAACCCAACGAAGCGUUUCACGAUGGCGACGUGGGGAAAGAGAACUGCGUGGAGAUGUAUCACGACGGCACGUGGAACGACAACAACUGUGUGCAGAAGAGAGGCUUCGUGUGUCGACACCGGCAGUAUUAUGUGACCGAUGAUAAUGGGAUCGUCAUCCCGACUGACCCGUCACCGAUGGACGGCGGUCUGAUCGCGGGGGCCGUUAUCGGAGCGCUCGCCUGCGCAGCGUUGAUCCUGGCCGGGAUGUACUAUGUCUUUAGUGUGAAGGGCGUAAAAACAGGAGAUAUCAGCUUCUUCAAACACGAAACCAAGAAUACUGAUGUGCCUGCGUUCACCAACCCGAACUUUGCUGGAGAAUCUGACACAUGAACCGUGGGAGAUUAAUCUGUUUCUCUACAGGAACUAAAGCACUGAAAUAUGUUCAAUCAGCACUGAAACUGAAUCAUACAAUCAUCAGCCUACAGAUUUUUUUUUUUACUUUUUUGUAUGCAUGUUAGUAUUCUUGUUCACAUUUUGUAAAUUGUUUUUAAAUAUGCACGAAUGCAUUGUUGCGGUAAUGUUUAUUGUCUGUACAGUUGUUUCUUGAAAUGAAUUUAAAAUAAAUGUAUUUACUAAACAGCAUUAGAAAUUUUUCCAAAACUUUGACAUUGUGUUAAAGCAUGUCUUUUGAUUGGCAGCUGGUGGAGGCGAGGCUAAAACACCCAAACAACAGCAUCUUUAGAAAAGACUUCCAAAAACACAGACGUAAUCAAACUUCGUAAGAUUCUGAACAUGUUCACAUGACACUGAAAUCAACGCCAACUGCCCAACAUCUGUGUCAGAGUUUAACGAUUUGAGUUGAGAUUUUCACUCCAUUAAUCUAGUUUAUUUCUGCAACAGUGCCUUGUACACUGGCCAUCUUUACUCUGGUUUAUAGAUUUAUCAAACAGUUGGGGUCAGAGAGCCUCUGUCAGUGGAAAUGAGAUAUUUGCAGCUUUAUUCCCUGCUCAUAAUAAUGAAAUGAAGUUCAUGACAACUGCUGUUUGAAGAUGCUGCU